AUGGAACAAUAUUUACGGCAGCGUAUUGAUUGUCCACCACCUGGUGGUACACGUACAUUAAUUGAAGAAAAAGAUAGCAUUAUUAAAAAACAGCAAGAUGAUUUAAAUAAACUUCAAGCUCAAUUAAAAUCAAUACAAGCUGAACGUGAUUAUUUACUGUCGUUACUUUCUGAUGAACAAAAAUUAAAUAUCCAUAAUAGCAUCAAUAAUGAUAAUAAUAAUAAUUUAUUUCAACAACCAAUGAAAAAACUGACAAAUCUCUUAGAUACUCGAUCGUCAUCAACAUCAACAUCAUCAUCAUCAUCGUCACCAUCAUCACGAUCAUCAUCAUCAUCUACAACAAUAGCUACAACAUGUCCAAUAAAUGCCUAUGAACUGUCACAGGAUCUUCAGGAUAAACAAAUUGAAAUGCUUGAAAAAAAAUAUGGUGGAAGUUUACGAUGUCGUCGAGCAGCUACAAGAAUUCAACGUGCUUAUCGACAAUAUAAAUUACAACAAAAUUUUCGCCAUUUAUGUGCUACAAUGAAAACAAACAAACGUUUAUCGUGUACAUUUGUUGAUACUAAUAAUACAUAUAAUCAUAAAAAUCAAAGUAUAAAACCGUUAAAACCAUGUCUAAGAACAAAAACAACGAAUGCAAGUGCUUCAUUACCAAUUCACACUGAAGAUUUAUUAAAUAGUUCAACAAGUUCAUCAUCAUCAUCAUCAAAUACACCAACAAAUUCUGAUUCUAUAUCGUUAAGUUUUACUGAUCGUCAUCUUGAUUUACCAUCGAUUAAUUUUGAACAUUUUAUUGAAACAACAAAACAACAAAAUAAAAAUCGUAAACGCGUUUGCAUUGUUACUGAUAUGCCUCCAAAUAAAAACUUUUAUGAUCCUAUGGAUAGUAUAAGUGAUUUUGUUGAUGGCCAUUCAAAUAAACCACUUGUAAUUAUUGAAGCAAAUGAAAAUAAUAAUAAUCCAAUAAAUUCUAAUGGAUAUAAUGGUCUAUUAAAGACUCAAUCACUUUCGCCAACAACAAACAAUUCAAGUUAUUAUAAAAAUCUUACUGAUUCUCCUAUGUAUCCUAGAAAAAAUUCAUCAUCAAAACCACCACCACCCGUUCGAAGUUUAUCAUUGAAACCUCAUUCAAACUUAAACCAAAUACCGAAUUCUAAAACAUCUCCGAUAUGGAAAAGAAAAACAUCUUUAACAAUAAAUACGCCUGAUAAUGAAUCUUAUGAUCUUUUUCUUGAAAGUCCCAUUCGUUCAAUUAUACCACGCUUCAGUCCAACAUCAACAACAAGUUCAGAUCGUGAUAAUAUGAGUUUACAAUCAACAAGUAGCGGUUCAAAUUCAUGUUCACUAUCCAAUAGUCUUGAUUUACAUCAUCCACAAACAUUACUUAUUCAACAUCAACCUGUUUUACAUGGACAAGAACGAACAUCAACAAUAAAAAUGAAUGAAGCAUAUAGAAGACGUUGUUACCGAGCUGGAUUGAAUAUAUUUAAUAAGUAUGAAGAAUUUUUUUGUUUUGUUUAUGGUUUUAUAAAUAGAUUUAAUCGAUUGAAUAGAAAAUCUGAACGUGGUAUUCGAUAUUUAAUUUCACAUCGUUUUCUUGAAGCAAGUCCUCACGCUGUGGCACGAUUUUUACUCUCACGUAAAGGCUUAAGUCGACAAAUGAUUGGAGAGUAUCUUGGUAAUUUACAAGAUCCAUUUGCUAUGCAAGUAUUACAUGCUUAUGUGAAUGAGUUCGAUUUUCACGACAUGCCAAUUGAUAUAGCAUUAAGGAAAUUUCAAUCAGGCUUUCGAUUACCAGGUGAAGCACAAAAAAUCGAACAAUUGAUGCAGAUGUUUGGACAACGUUAUUGCAUAACAAAUCCAUCAACAUCACCAUCGAAUAUAGAUACCAUAUUUAUAUUAGCUUUUGCCAUUAUUAUGUUAAAUACUGAUUUACAUAGUCGAAAUAUAAAACCUGAGAAAAAAAUGCGACAAGAACAAUUCAUUAAAAAUCUUCGUGCAAUUGAUUAUGGUGAGGAUCUUGAUAUUGAUUAUUUAACUGGAAUUUAUGAACGCAUACGUGCUGAAGAAUUUCGGCCCGAUAAUGAUCACGUAACUCAAGUAGCUAAAUUUGAGCAAACACUGAUUGGUAAAAAGCCAUCAUUAGUUGCACCGCAUCGCCGACUUGUAUGCUAUUGUCGAUUAUAUGAAAUCUAUGAUUUGUCAAAACGCGAAAGACUUACAGCACAUCAACGUGAAGUAUUUCUUUUCAAUGAUUUACUUGUUAUUACAAAAAUUUCCGGUAAGAAACGACAACAAUUACAAUAUCAAUUUCGUCAAGCAUUUCGCCUGUCUGGAAUGAAUUUAUAUUUAUUUGAAACGACACAUUAUCAAUAUGGUAUUCGUCUUGUGCGUAAACCAGAUAUACAUCAAACAAAUUUAAUUACUUUCAAUGCAAGAAAUGAGCAUGAUCGUACAAAAUUUUGUGAAGAUUUAAAAGAAGCCAUUAUGGAAAUGGAUGAAAUGGAAGGCUUACGCAUACAAACUGAACUUGACAAAUUACGCGGCUCUUGGAGUUCACUUGCAGAUUCAUUAAAUAAUAAUGCCAAUGGUAUUAUUUCGUCAUUAAUUGAUUAUCCAACAAAUAAACGUGAUAGACCAUUGUCAAGAACAUUAUCAAAUUCAUUAUUGGAUAUGACAUUAACAAUGCCGGCUCCAUCACUAUUUAAUCAUCAAACGACAACGAACAAUACAAAAGAACUUUUGCCAUGUCGAAAUUCUCAAUGUUCAGUCGAUAGUGGAAUGGUUUCAUUAAUGAAUGAAUUUUCGCCAACAAAUGGAUGUAAUAUGCCUUUAACAACAACAACUAAAUAA